AUGCUUGUCUUCGGCGGGAUGCCCCUCUUCUUCAUGGAGCUUGCCCUUGGUCAGUUUCACCGCUCCGGCUGCCUCACCAUCUGGAAGAGAAUCUGCCCGGCUCUCAAAGUAACCUGCGCAAUGGAGGAGAAAACAAUAGGAAAGAGAGUAAAGGAAAUCCCUCGAGGUCUUAAGAAACUUCGAUCAAACCUCUUGAGGAAACCGAUAUACAACGUAUUCGGAACCCUGGAUAAAGAUAUGACACAGUUCGUUGAUGUGCCUCGAUCCAUGAAUCCCAAGCAUUUCGGUCCUGAGUUAGAACCCUCAUAUCCCUUAUCCGCAUACCUCUUUUCUUCCCGAUCUGAGAGAUAUACUCCAUCCACGACAAUCUAG